GAGAAGAAGGGUGAAGCAAGCUCGCAGCAAGGCAGCAAGGUGAAGACCACAAAGACUGAUGUCACUAAGAUGGCAUCGGAUAUGGCGGUUCUCAAGAAGCAACUUGAGGACAUGCGAGGUAUCAGGUACGAUAUCGCGUCCCUAAAAGGAUCGAUUUCGAACCUAAAGACACCCACGGCUAGGCAGUUCGUAUCACCGCGUCAGAUGAUGACCAAUGGCAAGACUCCUACGAAGAGGUCUACUCCGAAUCCUAUCGGUGUUGGACCCAGCUGCAUUAGCCGGAAGAAGCCAGUGCGUGGAAACGAUCCACGAAAGAGCGCCGCUCGUACAAAAGCUCGCAGGAGGAUACUUCAAGGGAAGCAGAUCUCGGAAGAUAUGAUGGCGGCCCUACAGAUGGAAGAUCUGAAGCAACUAUGCUCGAUGCAUAACGUUCGGUACAGAGGGAUGCCACAAGCACGUGUGGCAUUAAGGAAGAUACCCGGCCUUAUCGUCUCCGAUACUGAGGAUCUGCCAAACCGAUCCGCUACUGGUGAAGAGGUUCAGGGAGCAAAUAUGGAGGAUGCACAAUCAGUUGAAUCCGAAUCAGAAGAAGAGGAUGAUGACUCCUCUGAGGAGGCUGAGUACUUUGAAGGACCCGAGGCAUCGAAGGAUGUACAGCCAAGUGCGCACUAGCGUCUUGAGUCGAGCUUCACAAGCUUACAACCC